AUGUCCCAAAUCAAGAACGCCCGACCAAAUUCGUCAGGUACAUCGGGCCACAGGAGAUCCAACUCACGUAACUUCAAUGGGUCCGGUCCAGGCUCAAAUCGCAAGUACAAUGGAAAGGAAGAAUCUUCUCAGAAACCUGCUGUUCAACAAUCUAAGGUUGCAGCCCAGAAUAACGAUGAUCGAUUGUUGUUUGCCCUUGCACACUCCAUAGGCUCCAAAGUUAUUGUGACUGUGGGCUCAGGUUCUUCUUAUUCGGGAAUGCUGGUUUCCUUCAACGAUUUUGCUGCUGAUUCAGAGCUGUCUGUUAUUGUAAAGUAUCCCGAGUUGAUCGAUGGAUCACAAGAGAAUGAUGCUGAAGAGUUGCCUGAGACCCUCGUGUUCAAGGCAAAGGACAUUGUCGCCGUUGAAAUUGAGCAAUUAGAUUUUUCAAAAGCUCACAACUCCUAUCCCGCAGCAAUUGCUGAGGCUGCUGAGGGUAAUACUGACUCUAAAAAGGCUUUCAAGACGGAUACGGACAUUUCUGGAAAGUCCCAAUCGAAAGAGCGGGAGCUCCAGAAGUGGGUACCCGAAGGCCCAGAUACCGACCUGGGUAACCUUGAAGAUGAUACCCAUGCCAAUUGGGAUCAAUUCGAAGUUAAUGAACGUAAAUUUGGUGUCAAGUCUACUUAUGACGAGAAUCUCUAUACUACACGAAUCAAUAGGGAUGACCCAGAUUACGAACGAAAACUAGUAGAGGCGGAACGUAUUGCAAAGGAGAUUGAAAGCCAGUCUUACAAUGGGAACAUUCACGUUGCUGAGGAAAGAGGUCUUGUUGUUGACGAUAGCGGUAUUGACGAAGAAGACAAGUAUUCUGGUGUGCUAAGAGAUGAUGACAACUCUCAAAAUAAAGGAGGAGAAUUAUUGUUGGGUAUGCUGAAGAAGAAUGUUAAGGCGCAGCCAUCUGAGUUAAAGCAGUACAAAGCCGGAAGAUAUGUUCCUCCCAACCAUAGAGCUGCUAACUUUCAUCACGAUCCUGCUGUCUUGCAAAGCUCUGCAAUAACACAAGACACCUCUAAAACAAAGAAGCCCAAAGAAGGUCAAGAUUCGAAAACUGGUGAUUCUAAAGAGCAGCCCAAAACCAAGGCUCAAAAGGAGAUCGAGUCUCUCAAAGAAUUUUCAUCUAAUCUAAAGCUUCCAAAAAAACCUGCUGAAGAUUCUGUACCAAAGGAGAAGAACAAACAAGAAACUUCGAAAACACCAAGUAGUGCUUCCAAAGUUUCAGAUGAGAGUAGCAAGCCUGCAACCGCAGCCACCACCACCAGCACUAAAAAACCGUUCAAGAUGAACCCGAAUACUGCAUCGUUUUCGCCCAUGGGCUUCGGUGGACAAACAGAUUUUCAUGCCCCUCAUCGCAUUAUUCCCGCUUCUGGAACUUCACAAGGAUCUUUUACUCGCCCUAAAAGAAACAUCUCUCAACAAGCUUUCUUUGGAGCAAAUAGAGUUCCAACUGUGGCCAAACAGAAAAUUCUCAAAGAUAACUUCAACUUAUUCUUGGAGAAGCAUAGAAAAGAUCCCAAAGCUCCAUUUGAGAAACCUUUUGUAACCCCACCUACAUGGGAGACAACGAUAGAAGAAUCAUAUCGUGUUUUGUUUCCUAUCAAUCCAGAGAUACCGAUGAUGCCCGAUAAUAGAAUGUUCUUCUAUGGAGGUGGUCAGACAUCUCCCAUUCAUAACACAUCACCACUUCCUCAACAGUUGAUUCCUAGAAUGAUUCCAAUGAUUCCAGGUCAGGGUCCUUCGGGUGGCCCUGGGGUACCUCAAACGGGAUCACAACACUUUGUUCCAUAUCAACCGCAACUCAUUCCUCCACAGAUGAUGAUGUCGCAUAACCAACAACGUCGCGGAUACAUGCCUCCGUUAUCGCAAUCAGGAAUGGGUGUUCCCAUGAUGGCACCACCUCCAUUUCCUGGCCAUUACAACGGAGGCAAACAUAUGAGAAGUGAUAACAAGGACCUGAGGUGA